AUGGCUUAUGCAAGGACGAACAACUCUCAAAGUGCCAAUAUUGAUCGCAGUAACCUCUUCGCUGAGGGAAGCUUCAAAUAUGUCUGGCGCGGCGUUUACGAAGGGGGCCCAAGGGCGGGCCAGGAUUGUGUGGCAAAAGAGUUUAAGACGGGCCGCGUGUUCGAGGAUCACUACUUCGAUGAGGAGCUAAAUGUAAUCCGCCGCACCCAGAGCAUCAUAAACAACUGGCACGACGAGGGCAUCAUCACCCAGCGCAUCUUGCUAAAUACCCCCGCGAUCUGGGAAUACGCGUAUAGCCGCCACAAGACCUUGGUAGAGCCUCUCAUCCAAAACUUUGAAAAGUUCAACAGCAACAGCGGCUGGACCCCCAACGACGGAGAUGUUUGGGCCGAGGCGAUGCAGGCCCUGAGCCACUUCUCGUACCACAACUCGGGCGGCCAGUUCGUUCUGUGCGAUCUCCAGGGCGGCUCUUACCGGGACGGCUACAUCCUCUCGGAUCCGGUCAUCAUGUCCCAGAUGCAAAGCUACGGUCCUGCCGACCUCGGCCCCGACGGGAUCCGAGCCUUUUUCCAAAGGCACACUUGCGGGCGCUUUUGCAGGCGGGAAUGGACCAGGCCGCGGGUCAUUGGCAAAGCCACUAUCCCGAUGAGGCAGGGGACCACCAUGACGACUGUCCCGAUGCGCCGAAGCCGAAAUCCUCUUUCCUCCCUGGCAGAAUGA